AUGAAUUCCGAUGAACUCCCUAAAUCAAUAAACAUAAAAGAUGCGAUCAAUUUGGGUUUUCUUGACGAAUAUUUGAAUGAUAAUUCUGAACCUGUUGUAGUUGAUGUUAUCGGAGAAAUUCAAGAUCUUGUUGAGCGAUUGCCUCUUGAUCAACCAAUGGAUGCCGAAGAGUAUAUGGUAAUUGAUGACAAUGUAACUGCUCGUGAGAUACCAACGGACGAAGAAUUGUUUCAAUCGUAA